AUGGCUGGUGCUUUAGAAAACGCUCGUAAAGAGAUCAAAAGAAUCUCACUAGAAGACCAUGCGGAAUCUGAAUACGGUGCCAUUUAUUCCGUCUCAGGUCCUGUCAUCGUUGCUGAAAACAUGAUUGGUUGUGCCAUGUACGAACUGGUUAAAGUGGGUCACGACAACUUAGUUGGUGAAGUCAUUAGAAUUGAUGGUGAUAAAGCUACCAUUCAAGUCUAUGAAGAGACAGCAGGGGUCACCGUGGGUGAUCCAGUCUUAAGAACAGGGAAACCAUUAUCUGUCGAAUUGGGUCCUGGUUUGAUGGAAACUAUUUAUGAUGGGAUUCAAAGACCAUUGAAGGCAAUCAAAGAUAAAUCACAAUCUAUUUAUAUCCCAAGGGGGAUAGAUGCUCCUGCUUUGGAUAGAAAAGUUACAUGGCAUUUUAACCCCGGGAAAUAUCAAGUGGGUGAUCAUAUUUCAGGUGGUGAUAUCUUUGGGUCCAUUUAUGAGAAUUCUUUAUUGGAGGACCAUAAGAUCUUAUUACCUCCAAGAGCAAGAGGUACCAUUACAUGGAUUGCUCCAGCUGGUGAAUAUACUGUGGAUGAGAAAAUCUUAGAAGUGGAAUUCGAUGGUAAGACUUCAGACUAUUCAAUGUAUCAUACUUGGCCUGUUCGUGUACCAAGACCUGUUGCAGAAAAAUUAUCUGCUGAUCAUCCUCUAUUGACCGGUCAAAGAGUUCUAGAUGCUUUAUUCCCAUGUGUUCAAGGUGGUACCACAUGUAUCCCUGGGGCUUUCGGUUGUGGUAAGACUGUUAUCUCUCAAUCGUUAUCCAAAUAUUCUAACUCAGAUACCAUUAUCUAUGUUGGUUGUUUUGCUAAGGGUACUCAAGUCAUGAUGGCAGAUGGUUCCGAUAAAUCUAUAGAAGAAAUUCAAAUAGGUGAACAAGUUAUGGGUAAAGACGGUAAUCCAAGAACCGUUAUCGCUUUGCCUCGUGGUAAAGAAACCAUGUAUGAAGUUUGUCACAUUACUCCACAUCGUACAACAUCUGGUGAAAACUUUGGUGUAAUGGAUUACGUUUGUUCAGGUAACCAUAAAUUGGUUCUUCGUACACCUCAGAAUGUUACUUUGACUACCCAUGAAUUAGACGGUCAAACCUAUACUAAUGUUUCUUACUUUGCUUUAGAAGAGUCUGCUUAUGGUCAAAUAGUCAAGAAGAAAACUAAGAGUUACCAACAUCAACGUCAUGGUGGUAAACAAGAAACUGAAAAGAAAGUUAAUGAAUUUUUAGCUACUAUCAAUCCAGAUUCUAUUGAAUGGGAUGUAGAAGCCAAGGAUUAUAAAAAACUUGGUUACGAUGUGAAGAAAUCUUCCCACCAAAUGAUCAAUCCGGUUUUCAAAGAAUCAGGAAACUUAAUCGCUAAACUUAAUGAAUUAGGCUUUUCUAAAGAAAUUGCUCCACAAAUGGGAUGGUUGUUAGGUUUCUGGGUUGGUAAUGGUUCCAUAACCACAUCUUCAUUUUCCAUUGAUUCAUUAGACACUCAAUUACUUGACCGUAUCACUGAAUAUGGAAAGUUAUUUGCAUUAACCACUACCUCUGCUACAAACCAUUGUCGUAAUUAUUCAGGUUCUGGAAAUCAAGAUAUCGAAUUAUCUAAAAUCAACAAUGGUAAAGUUGAAACUGAUGGUACUAUAACCUUCGAUGACGACACUGAGCGCGAACCUUCUGAACAAGAACUAAUUGAUAUGGAGUCAUCUGGUUGCAAAGCUUCCAGUGAAAUGACUGUCGCUCUCGGCGCUCCCUUAGUUCGUGGUAAUGCUAUCCGCCAACUACUAACGGAAAACAAUGUCUUCUUGAAACUUAUUGAAUCCUUUGGAGUGAGAAAAGAAAACGGUUCUGAAUACGUUAAGGCCAUUCCAAUGCAUCUAUCUUAUGAUGACAUUGAAGUUCGUGAACAAUUCAUUGCCGGUUUAGUUGAUUCAAUUGGUCACGUCAAAAGAACUUCCAAUGGUACUAUCGAAUGUGCUGCAAUUUCUACUGCUUAUAAAUCAGUUUCAGAAGGUCUUAUUAGAUUAGCCCGUUCUCUUGGUAUCAAGGUUUCUGUUACCACUAAGAGGGAAUGUUUAGAUAAACAUAACGUGAAACAUCAAAUAUGUUACAGCAUCUGUUUAAGCGGUGCUACUUUAAGUGGUGCUCUAAGAUUCUGUGCCCUCGAUAAAAACAAUGCCAACUCGAAAAAACCAUUUGUUAGAGGUCCUGUUCCAUUUUACUUCACUCUUAAGGAAAAAGAUGAAGAUAAUUAUUAUGGUAUUACUCUUCCAGAUAGCACUGAUAAACAAUACUUGUUAUCUUCUUUAGCUUUGGUUCAUAACUGUGGUGAAAGAGGUAACGAAAUGGCUGAAGUUUUAAUGGAAUUCCCAGAAUUAUUUACUGAACAAACUGGUAGGAAGGAACCAAUUAUGAAACGUACUACUUUGGUUGCAAACACAUCUAACAUGCCUGUUGCAGCAAGAGAAGCAUCAAUUUAUACUGGUAUCACAUUAGCUGAAUAUUUCAGAGAUCAAGGUAAGGACGUUUCUAUGAUUGCAGAUUCAUCUUCCAGAUGGGCUGAAGCUUUAAGAGAAAUUUCUGGUCGUUUAGGUGAAAUGCCAGCUGAUCAAGGUUUCCCUGCUUAUUUAGGUGCUAAAUUAGCAUCUUUCUACGAAAGAGCUGGUAAAGCCGUUGCAUUAGGUUCACCAGAUCGUAUUGGUUCCGUUUCCAUUGUUGCUGCCGUUUCUCCAGCUGGUGGUGAUUUUUCAGAUCCUGUUACUACAGCUACUUUAGGUAUUACUCAAGUUUUUUGGGGUUUAGAUAAGAAAUUAGCUCAAAGAAAACAUUUCCCAUCUAUCAAUACUUCCGUAUCAUAUUCCAAAUAUACUAAUGUUUUAUCUAAAUAUUACGAUUCUAAUUAUCCUGAAUUCCCAGUUUUAAGAGAUCGUAUGAAGGAAAUUCUAUCAAAUGCUGAAGAAUUAGAACAAGUUGUCCAAUUAGUUGGUAAAUCUGCUUUGUCAGACAGUGAUAAAAUUACAUUAGAUGUUGCCAAUUUGAUUAAAGAAGAUUUCUUACAACAAAAUGGUUAUUCUACGUAUGAUGCGUUCUGUCCAAUUUGGAAGACUUUUGAUAUGAUGAGAUCUUUCGUUGCAUAUAAUGAUGAAGCUCAAAAGGCUAUUGCUGCAGGUGCCAAUUGGUCUAAACUUUCUGAAGCUACUAAUGAUGUCAAACAUGCCGUUUCUUCAUCUAAGUUCUUUGAACCAAGUAGGGGAGAAGAAGAAAUUCAUGGUGAAUUUGAGAAGUUAUUGAAUAACAUGCAAGAAAGAUUUGCUGAAUCUACUGAUUAA